UCCCUGGGCAGGGGCGGUGUUGCGCCGCCGCUAGGGGACAGAGCGCUUUGAGCGGCCGAUUUCCCAGACCCGCCCCGCCUCGGCUGCGGGAAUGCUAAAGCGUGGCAGGGGCCGGCCCGGGAAGCGGAGGAGGCGGGUCUCCAUAGAAACCUCCACCUGUUUCCGGCCAGGCUGUGUGAAAUUAGGGGCUGUUGCGGGGGCCAAUCUCAGCCAGCUCGCUUCUUCCCGGCGGCCCCUGCGGGCGCGGUGGGUGUUGUACACAAUCAUCAUGGCGGCGGCCGGAGCCCCGGAUGGCAUGGAGGAGCCAGGCAUGGACACGGAGGCCGAGGCUGUGGCCACCGAGGCGCCCGCACGGCCCCUCAACUGCGUGGAGGCCGAAGCAGCGUCGGGGCCAGCGGCCGAGGACGCCUGCGACGCGCGAGGCAGCCUGCAGCCGGCCCCGGCCCAACCCCCUGGGGACCCCGUGGCCCAGGCCUCGGUCAGCAACGGCGAGGACGCGGGUGGCGGUGCGGGCAGGGAGCUGGUGGAUCUGAAGAUAAUCUGGAACAAGACCAAGCACGACGUGAAGGUCCCUCUGGACAGCACGGGUUCCGACCUGAAGCAGAAGAUUCACUCCAUUACAGGUCUCCCACCUGCCAUGCAGAAGGUCAUGUAUAAGGGACUUGUUCCUGAAGAUAAGACAUUGAGAGAAAUAAAAGUGACCAGUGGAGCCAAGAUCAUGGUGGUUGGCUCUACUAUAAAUGAUGUUUUAGCAGUAAACACCCCCAAAGAUGCUGCUCAGCAGGAGGCAAAGGCUGAAGAAAAUAAGAAGGAGCCCCUCUGCAGGCAGAAGCAACACAGAAAAGUGUUGGACAAAGGAAAACCUGAAGAUGUGAUGCCCUCUGUUAAGGGUGCCCAGGAGCGCCUGCCAACAGUACCCUUGUCUGGCAUGUAUAAUAAGUCUGGAGGGAAAGUGAGACUCACCUUUAAGCUAGAGCAAGACCAGCUAUGGAUCGGCACUAAAGAGCGGACUGAGAAACUGCCUAUGGGCUCCAUUAAAAAUGUGGUCAGUGAACCUAUCGAAGGACAUGAAGAUUAUCACAUGAUGUCUCCCAGCUAUCCAAAGGAGGGUAGAAUUUUCAUUUUAAGUUUUGUCUUGCUUAUAAAAGUGAACAUUCCCCCUAGCCAUGGGGCUGUGAAGAUACCAAGAAGUCUCCCUCUUGUAGUGGUCUCCCAUGCCCAGCAUGUGCCCAUGUGCAGAGCAUGUUUAUUCUGCAUGGAACUCAUCAGUUUGUGCAGAACAAAGUAGGCAGUUUAGUAAGCUGAUAAAAUGUAAAAUGAGCACUUUACAAAUGGAGUUUACCUGCCUAGACUCCAAAGUUGCUACAAGAGGCACUUGACCUGGGCUAGCAACAGUUCAGUGGUAGGUUUUCCUGCUGUUGUCUUCCAGGGUCAGUUUUUCAGUAUCUAGCUUAGAGUGAUGUGGCCAUAACCCCACCCACCCACCUCUAUGAGGAACAGCCAGUUGUUUGAAUUGUAGGUAGGAUUACCAAGUCCAUGGCACAGAGAUGUGUUGGGUAAUCUACUUGCUCCAAGGCAGUCAGUUGGAGGGGCGUAGGACACAGUGGUCUGCAGAGCUGCUGUGUCCUUUCCUGCCUGCUCAGGGUCAGCUGGGUGGUACCAAAGCAAGGCCAUGGGACUGUAGUCACUGGACACAGGCUCUUGGACUUUCUUCCUGGUAGUGGUGAGAACAUAGUUGGGGCCAUCAGGCAGCCUCUACACCUUUACCUCUUUGUAAUCUCUAAAACAAGAUAGCAGACAGAUCGGUUUUGCCUGCUCACUUAUUUUUCUGCUUUAACAGUUGCUAUUGAUAUUUUAGCCUGACCCUUUUCACCUCUUUUGAAACAUUUGUUUGAACGGUUUGACCCUCUGGGGCUUGCAGAUCCAGUUUUUCAGGCAGCCUGGGGAUAAGGAGACAGAUAGGGUGAAUGGACCAUGUUAGACAUUUCUUAAGCAGUUUGUGUCCAUGAAUAUUGGUUUAGAGUUUGUUUAAAUUAAAUUUCAUUAAUGUGUUCUGAAGUCAUUUAAGGCCAAAAGUGGGUUCAGCAGGCCUCUGCUGUCAUUUUUGAAUGCCAUUAAAUAGCACUUUUACCCUUUACCUAAUGAAAGGUUUACUUCCCUCUUGCAGAUGCCAUUUGUCUAGCUAGAGUACUGUGUCACAGUUCACAGUGCUCGUUGAUUUUUAGAAUUAUGUUUCAGAGAUAUAGAAAAGGACACACCUUAAAUUUUAUGCCAUAACCCAUACAUCACCAAAAUAUGAUAGUUGUAAAUAAUUUGUAACAUGUUUUAAGUCUUUUAAAUAAAAAUUUUUUACCAACA